AUGCGCUUUCACAGCGGCUAUGAAACUGAUGACAUUUAUGCGGUCUACGGCGUGGACCCAGCCCAGGGAGCCUUGGCCGUGAUUCGGCCUGAUGGAUAUGUCGGAACGAUUGCAGCGUUAGACGAUGUUACAUGGACUGGCCCUGACGACCCUGACAACCCCAAAAAUUGGCCAACGAAGAAGAAAUGGGGAGCUGUUUUGAUUGUGUCCUGUUUUACGUUCAUCUCCCCGGUGAUGUCAUCUAUGGUGGCACCCGCAUUACAAACCAUGAAAACCGACUUUCAUAUUGAAGAUGAAGUGACUUCCCAACUCAUGCUGUCCGUUUUCGUCCUGGCUUAUGCAUUUGGCCCGCUAUUCCUUGGGCCGCUAUCGGAGAUCUACGGCAGAGUCAUUGUCUUACAGCUUGCGAAUCUAUUUUUCCUUAUAUUCAACAUCGCCUGUGGUGUAUCCCGAACCGCGGCACAGAUGAUUGUCUUUCGCUUUUUGGCUGGACUAGGUGGCAGUGCUCCUUUAGCGAUAGGCGGUGGUGUCCUCUCAGAUUGCUUUCUACCGGAGGAACGCGGUAAAAGUAUUGCUAUCUAUAGCUUAGCACCUCUGCUUGGCCCAGCUGUUGGUCCGAUUGCCGGUGGCUUCAUCGCUGAAAGGACGACAUGGAGAUGGGUAUUCUACGCCACGUCCAUUGCUGAUGGGGUCAUCCAAGUCAUGGGUCUUUUCUUCUUGCGCGAGACAUAUGCCCCUAAGAUCCUCAGGACACGAGCGAAAAAGCUCCGCAGAGACACAGGAGACACCUCCUACGAGACCGAAGCUGAGCGACAGAAUAAGACUUUACCUGAGGUUCUUAGCACAGCGCUUGUUCGUCCGUUCCGCCUUCUCGCAACACAGCCCAUCGUCCAAGCACUUGCGAUAUACAUGGCCUACGUAUAUGGUAUCUUAUAUUUGAUGUCAUCGACAUUCCCGGCUCUAUGGACCAGCCCGGAAUAUUACAAUGAGUCCACAGGCAUUGGGGGUCUGAAUUACAUAUCCCUUGGCAUAGGGUAUUGCCUGGGCUCCCAGAUCUGUGCACGACUCAAUGACCUCGUCUAUCGCCGUCUCAAAGCCCGCAACAGUGGUACAGGAAGGCCAGAAUUCCGCACCCCGCUACUAGCUAUUGCCGCUAUCCUCAACCCUGUCGGCCUUUUCAUCUACGGCUGGACCGCACAAACCCACUGCCACUGGAUUGCCCCGAAUAUCGGUGCCAUGCUCCUGGCUAUGGGAAACAUAGUUGCCAUGCAGUGUAUCCAGACCUAUAUCGUGGAUGCCUACACGCGGUUCGCGGCUAGUGCGAUGGCUGCUGGUUCGUUCUUACGUUCUAUUGCAGGAUUUGGGUUUCCACUUUUCGCGCCGUAUAUGUAUCAGGCGUUGCAUUAUGGGUGGGGGAAUAGUUUGUUGGCUUUCAUAUCGAUCGUCAUUGGUAUCCCAGCACCGAUUUUCUUGUGGAAGUACGGGGAGAGAAUGAGGAAGAUGAGUACCUAUGCUGCGGGUUAA